AUGUCCAUUGUUCUCGAGAGUUUGGCUUCUCUGCUACUCAUAUCCGCAUAUGACAAUGCAACAUCACAUGACCUCGUCGACCUCACGCUCGGCUCAUUCCGUCGGCCUUGCCCCGCAUCGAUCGAUGACAGUCUAGGUCCCUCCGUGGAAGGCUGUCGAUUCCAGUUCGACUUCACCCUUUACUUUGAAGAUGCCAUCCUCGUUGUUGUUCCGGCAACAAUUUUCACCAUCUUGGCCGUAGCUCGCGCUGCUUUCCUGUUUUGUCGCCCUCGGCUGGUGGAACGAGACGGAUUCUGGGUUGCAAAACUGUCCUCCACUGGUGUUUCUGCCGCUCUAAAGAUAGCCAUCCUCGUCGUCCAAUGCCUCGGCCAUGGAACGAGAAGCCCAGCGUCGGUCCCGGCCGCCGCGACUUCGACCAUGGCAGCACUUGCCGUCAUGGCGUUGAGUUCGCUCGAGCACACGCGUGCUCUGCGACCGUCCUCCCUUAUGCUCGUCUACCUGUUCAUGACCAUCCUGUUCGAUCUCGCUCGAUGCAGGACGCGCUUCAUCAUGUCGGAAACGUCUCUUGCCACUAUAUUGACAGCGGACUGCGUCAUCAAGCUCGUGUCGUUUGCCCUAGAGGCUCGCGGCAAGGCGUCAACCUUUCUCGCAUCACAGGCUGAGAAAUCUGUCGAGCAACGAGCCGGGCCCAUCAGCAGGACUUUCUUCUUCUGGCUCAUUAGCAUGUUCAAGACGGGCUAUAGCCGAUCAUUCUCCGUCGCGGAUAUGGGGCCUAUCGACGAGGUUCUCUACUCGGAGAAGUUAUCGGCCAUGUUUCAGCCUUUGACACAGGCGCCACAAGGUAGACCGAUUCUUGUCGCGUCUCUUCUGAUCGACUCCGUUCUGAACUAUCAGAAGUCGAAAGCCCCUCGAAUUUCGAAUGGAUACGGUCUUGUCGGUGCCUCUGUUCUCGUAUAUGUCGGUAUUGCGGUAUCAGGGAGCUGGUACUGGAGGCAGGUCUGCCGACUCAUGUCUCUCGUCCGAGGCGGUCUCGUGCUUAGCAUAUUCGAGAAAGUUCUUCGACUUCGCGACGAUAGCAGCAUCGAAUCGACAGCAACGACAUUGAUGAUAUCGGAUACCCAAAGAAUCAUAAGCGCCAUCGAAUACAUAUACGAGGUUGCCGCGGGAGUUCUCGAGACAAGCCUCGCUACGUACUUGUUGUAUCGGCAGCUUGGAGCUCCGUGCUUCACAAUACUCGGACUGGCAUCAAAAGCUACUUGCUGUCUUUGUCUGUGGGUUUCCAAGACUCUGAGUGCCCAGCAACAGAUUUGGCUAGGAGCCAUGCAAAAGAGACUGGAAGUCACGAAGCGUCUUCUUGACUCGAUCAAGUCCCUCAAGAUGACGGGCUCCGAAGAUGAGGCGUACAAGAAUGUCAGCAGACUACGAGCGCACGAGAUACGCGUGGCCAGGGUGUUCCGCUGCCUGCUCGCAGUCUCCGUGCUCCUCUCCUACAGCAUGCUUACCCUCUCACCCUUGGUUAUUUUCGGCGCCUAUAUCGGCAUUUACGGCCCCAAGCUAGACACGAACGCGAUGAUCUCGUCGCUGGUGCUCAUAUCCCUAGUUAGUGCACCGUUGAUUCAUGUUUUCCAGGCGUUGCCGUCCAUCGGCUCGGCCUACGGUUGUUUCAAGCGCCUCAACGACUUCAUCCUCCUAAAAGAGCCAGAUACGACUCCAGAAACCUUUGAGAGCCCCCGAGCCGAUCGACAACGGGAGGAAGUGAGCAGUGCAGGUGCGGACAUUGUGCUUUCCAUGAAGGGUGCUUCGUUUGGGUGGACGCCGGAGAAGCCCCCACUCCUCCGCGAUAUCACACUCGACAUCAAGAAAGGAUAUCUCACCGCCAUUGUUGGACGUGUCGGCUCUGGUAAAACACUCUUGAUGCGUUCUCUGGUCGGCGAAUCCAACCAAUUGGACGGCUCUACGGUUAUUCGCAAGGACAGGGGCGGCAUUGCCUACUGCGGCCAGGUACCGUGGAUCGAAAACUUGUCCGCAAAGGAAGCGUGGACGCAGCAUUCGGAGGGCGAUCCGAAGUGGCUUGAUGAAGUACAGGACUGCUGUGCACUUGAUGACGUGACCGCCCUCGCCGACUACAGCACAGGCACAGCUUUGGCCCGCGUCGUAGCCGCGAAAAAGGACAUGGUCCUGCUCGAUGAUGUGUUUUCAGCCUUGGACCGGAAGAGCCGCGAGCGCAUAUCCGUACGACUCAUGGGGCCACACGGCCUCUUCCGACGAAUGGGCACGACGGUUCUCUUCACGACACACGACAGUAAGGGUCAACUUCCUUACCUUGCCUUGAUGUACCUGUUAUUUUCAAACGCGUCACUAACCACCCCAGGGCACAUCGCAUCGUUCGCGGACGAGGUGUAUCAUAUUGACGACCAAGGACGACUUCGAGUGUCAACGUCAGAUUUUUUGGGCGUGGAAGAGAACGCCAACAGUGGCGAGGACGAGGGGGGGGACGAUAUAGGCAGAGAAGUUGAGGCGAAAGCUGAAACGAAGGUCGCAUGUCUCAAGGAAACUGACCAGCAGGUGCCAGGCGUCAACGAUUCGACAUCGCACGUCUCCGACAGGAGGGUAUUUCUGCGAUACGUGCGAGCAAUGGGAUAUACAAACGCUGCCGUCUUUCUCGUGUUUGGCAUCACAUUUGCCGUCACGUUUUCGUUCCCACAUGUCUGGGUUCAGUGGCAACUCAUGCUGGUCAUCGUACCGACCUCGGCCGCUGCGCUUCACUCGACUCUACUUCAGGCAACAUUACGUGCGCCGUUUGCGUAUGUAAGUCGCAUCGAUACCGGAAGUCUCCUGAACCGUUUCAACCAAGAUCUUAUGUUCAUCGAUGGCUACUUGCCCCUCGAUCUUUUCAAUACCUGCUCCGAGUUCUUUACUGCCGUCUUCGAAAUAAUCCUAAUUGCUGUCGUUUCGCAUCACGCUCUCGCAGCACUUCCCGUAUUGGCCGUUAUCCUCUACCUUAUCCAGCAUGUAUACCUGCGCACCUCGAAACAGCUGCGCGGCAUAGACUUGGAGUGGAAAGGAUAUCUUCACACCGCGUUUGGCGAAACAGCAUCGGGGCUAGCUACGAUCCGUGCGAACGGUUGGCUGGACAAGACGCGGACCAAGUUUAGGGAAAAGCUGGACCGGUCACAAGAGCCAUUCUACUUACUCCACAUGGUUCAACGCUGGCUUCAGCUCGUCCUCGGGCUCGUUGUUGCCGGCUUAGCGGUCGUUAUUACAAUCAUCACCGUCACGCUGCGGGACAAGGUGGCCGCAGGUGUCGCGGGCGUUGCUUUGCUUAAAGUGACAACGUUGGGCUCUACGCUGACCAACUUUAUCAUGGCCUGGACCUCUCUCGAGACGUCCCUCGGCGCGAUAUCACGCAUAGUUGUGUUCGAAGAUAAAACCCCGAGCGAGAAGCAGGAUGAUUCGACAAGUACAGCCGCCACGGAUGAAAAUUGGCCUCAGAAUGGCCGUGUUCAGAUUGAAAACAUCUUUGCAACGUAUGUAAUGGACAAGGAAAAGAAUGCGAAGCCAGUUUGGCACUUGCGCGGGAUCACGCUCAACAUCGAACCGGGUGACCGCGUUGCCGUCUACGGUCGUUCUGGCUCGGGAAAAUCAACGUUUUUGCUAGCCUUGCUAGGCAUGAUUGACAUGCCAGUCGGGCGAGUCGUCGUGGAUGGAGUUGACCUCUCGGCCCUGCGCAUGAUGGAGCUCCGAAACCGAUUCCGGGUUAUUUCACAAGACAACUUCCUCGAUCCAGAAUCCACUCUCCGACAAGAACUUGAUCCUGAAGGACAGUACUCGGAUGAUACUGUAACGGACAUUCUUGUUCGAUGCUGUCUCCACGCCAAGGUCUUGGCCGUUGGGGGUCUUCAGACCCAGAUGGCGGAUGCCGCCUUGUCCAAGGGGGAGGCCCAGCUAUUCUCCAUUGCCAAAUUGGUAUUGAGUGAAUCGAGCACGGCUGGAGGAGGGUUGAUCAUCCUUGACGAGGCAACAAGCAGCGACACCGAGAUCCAAGUAGAAGAUCUGAUGAGGGAGAGUUUGCGGGGAAAGACGACGAUAUCAGUCUUGCAUCGACUUGAUGCCGCUCUCAAAUACGACAAGAUCGCCGUGAUGGAAAAGGGGGUCUUGGCGGAUUUUGGUACGGCGGGCGAGAUCGUGGCCAGAUGUGACCUGUUCGCCUCAUUGAGGUAG